AUGGAACGAGAAGUUCAAGAAAAUAUGAAGGUCAUGCAGUUAGAAGAAGGCGACGCAUCCGCCGCAGCAUCAAGGGUGCCUGCAGCAGCGGCGAACACCGCCGCAGCAUCGACAGCGGCUGCAGCAGCGGCGGACACCUCCGCCGAAUCGACAGCGCCUGCAGCAGCGGCGGACACCUCCGCCGAAUCGACAGCGCCUGCAGCAGCGGCGGACACCUCCGCCGCAAACGAGUCGCUGGACUCUAUACUAAUGCGGCAGAGGGAGAUCGCUGCCGCAUACGAGUCCGGGAGGGCUUCCCAAUGGAGGAACAUACUACGCCAAUUGGCCAGACGGGUAGCCAGCCCUAACCUGGCAAAUCUGGUGGCGGCCAAU